AUUAUUGUCUUUACAUGGCUUUGAAUUGAUUUGUAAAUUUAAUCAAAUUGAUUUGAAAAUAAUUAAUAAGCAUCCAAUCCAUAUUCAUUCAUGAAAGGGAAAGGAAAUGUAAUUAUAUCGGAAGAAUUUCCUCCAACGAUGAAUUUGUUCAGACAAAAAUAUGGUUCACAUUGCCAUUAAAUUGAGGUGUUAUAACCCUAAUUUUAUUAGUAGUCACCAAAUUUGUUAGCGAUUUCAACCUUCAUUGAUAUGAGAAUAUCCCAACAUACGUUGGCAUUAGUUGAGUGAAAUUAACUGAAAUAAUUCAUCUACACUAAAACGAAUUAAAUUGAGAUAAUUUUUUAAGAUAUUACAUAUGGACGGAUCUUGUUUACUUUCUUGACAGUUUUAGAAACCACAUUUAAUUAAAUCUCAAUGGUUAAGCUAUUAAUUGUACAAAAAAAUAAAAUCUUAGCAUGUAAUUAGAAAAAAAAAUCUAUUUUUUUUAAAUAAAUGAUUGGAGGAAUGAAAUUCAAACCUGAACCUAGAGGUGCUUUUAGCCAUUAUAUUAAAACUAGGCUUGACAAAAACAGAUUCACAUUUUCUUUAAUCAUGAAUACAAUAUUUAAAACCCUAGGGCAAUUGGACCUUUGGUUUAGGAGCUCUCUUGUGAUUUGGUCUAUGGUAUCUGUUUGGGUCUUCUCUUAUUGUAUAUAGUCCUAUAGAAUUUGCAAAAAUCAAAUAUAUAAUGCAUUGUAAAAAAAUGAAAAGCAAAAAUCAUGACAGACCUCGGCUAAAACAAAUCCAGGUUAAAACUAAAAAAUAUAAUUAAAAUGUAAAAAGGGAAUAAUCUAUAGUCAAAAGAGGAGGGGAAACGCUAAAAAUACGAAAUUUCUUAUUCACACUUAUCUAAUUUAAAAUUAACAAAUUUUUAAUUAGUUAAGUAUAGAAUGCAAAAAUUUUCUAUAAAGACAUACUGAUAGCGGUUGUUUGACAACCGAAUUUCCCGCGUUUUCAUUAUGAAACCGUUAACUGCUAAUAGGAAUAAAUGGAUGUAUUAAAAACUUUUCCCAAAUUUAGGGCAAAAAGCCAUCGAGAUACAAAUUUUUUAGGUCACCUUCUGGUUUUGAUUGGCAACUCAAACAAAAUUCAUACUAAAAGCCCAUUCGUUGCAAUUGCAAAUUUGGAGAUUUCCCAAUUCAAUUGUCUCCCUUAUCUCCCCAUGGGGGAUUGAGAUUUGCACGAGAAAACUCCAUUACUGGUUUAAUAAUAUGACGGGCGGAUGAUUAUCUUAUGAUUAAGAUUUGUUUUUUUCUUUCUUUUAUUUCUCCAUUCUUAAUUUAGAAGCACCACAUAAGAGAUGAAAGGUUUCUUUAAAGGUUUCAAAUAUGUCUCGCAAAUAUUUGAUGAGAAAGAACCUGAAUUGCAAAUUGGGUCUCCGACAGAUGUAAAGCAUGUUGCUCAUAUUGGAUGGGAUGAUUCCUCUGCCUCCAAACCAAGCUGGAUGAAUGAGUUUCAAUCUUCUUCAAAAACCUCAAAUGGGUCUGCAAAUUGUGAGGAAGAUUUGAAGAACUCCCCAAUGCUUCCACCCUCAUCAGAUACAAGCCAAAUUGAAAAGCCAAAGCGUAAGUCUAGACGCGCAGAUUCAACCUUGCAUUCCCCACAUCGUAGAAGCACUGAUGGGUCAAAGCAAUCCAGGAACCAAUGCUCUUCAAACAAUUCAAUGGAUUCUCCAGGUGGUGCCCAAAUAACUGAACGGCAAAUGAAUUUGUCUUGCAAUUGAAUCUCCAGCACAGUCCAGGGGAAAAAAGUCCAAGGAAUCAAGAUCAAAAUACAAGAAAUCUCCAGUAGGCAUCACUGGUUUUGGAACUCAGGGUCUGAAACUGUAUUGGAAAUGAACAGUUACGUGAACCAAGUUCAGUUUUGGAGGCAUGUAGAGAAGGAUGAGAGGAAUGCAGUAACGUGUACAUAAUAGCUUUAACAAUUAACAUGAUGCUCUGCUAUGAUGAUAUUAUUAUAUUUCAGUUUCUACUUUAA